AAGACUCUAGGCUACUCGCUUCCUGGAGUCAUAACUCUCCAGCGAUACACGCUUGCAUCGGCCUGGCAUGGCUUGACCGAACCAGACACAACACCAGCAACGACCUCUCCAAGGAACUCAGGCAGAUCAAGCAGCAGGCGACGUUUCCGUGGCGAGAGCGCUGCAAGAUUGCGCUCAAGAUCAUCACGGCGAUCGAGUACCUCCAUAAGUGGCGAAUCGAGCACUUGGACCUCAAGUCGCUUAACAUCAUGCUCGCGCCCGAGAAUGAGAUUCCGAUCGUUGACUUGGGUGAGGCCGUGCGCAUAGCCAACCCCAACAGCUACAACGAAGUCGCUGGCGUCGGGACAUACCUGUGGAUGGUAUCCGAGAUCCUUGCCGGCCGAAUGGUCCACGCCACGAAAGCCGACAUUUUUUCGUUCGGUAUCAUUCUCUCGGAGAUCGCAAUGCUCGUCGAGCCCAACAGCGACAUGAGGUUUACAACCGAGUUUGUUUUGGAGAAGAGCGUCGAAAGCGGCGUACGGCCGACGAUGGACACGUCGGUUCCCGAGCGGAUUUGCAAGCUGGAACCCGAACGCAGAUGAACGACCGACGGCU